AUGAACGGUGGCGAUAUGUCAAGCGAUGCUGCACGGGCUGGAGACGGGUCAGGUGGCCGUGUCCCCGACUUCGAUGACAUGGCAGUCUUGUCUGAUUUGGCAGUUCCCUUCGUGGUGCAGUGGUCAGCGGAUGAAAGUCAUCGGUUGCAAUUGGAUGUAGCCCUUGCGGGCGUGGCUGCUAUUUGUUUUGCGGUCAGUUCGAAAAUACAGUGGGGCGCCUUGGCGAUUUUCUGUGCGAUCGCCUCUCGGGCAUUGAUACCAUGCGAGCAAGCACAGGUGGAGCUAUCGCCAUUGCACUGGCUGGUUGUGCGGCCAUAUUCGCCGUCUGUGGUUAGCUUCGUAGGAUCUUUGUCUGAUGAGAAGAAAUGUCUAUUGACUUUCCAACUGUCUGCUGGACUCAAUGUCCUCGCAGCAUGGAUUGCCGAUCCGUCGCCUGCGUUAACAAAUGAUCUCCGAGAUUUCUUUCGAGGACUUCGUGUGACUGCUGGAUCAGCAGCAGUCGCCGAUGUGAUUGAUUCCGCUCCGGAUUCACUGGCGCCGCCGUCAAAAAGAUCCUUGUUGCAGGCUGGUUGGGCAUAUCGUGUGAUCAAUUGUGUUUCGUGGCAAAUUGCCCGCUGCUGCUGUGAAGACAUGGCGGUCGCUUUGGCCGGUGCUGCAUCAGGCGGCGCUGUCCCCGAUGUGGCUGGUGCGAGCCAUCCGCCUCUUGCUGGUGGCCAUAUCACUGGCCAUGGCGGCGCAGCCUUGCGCUUGUAUGCUGGUAUGACCCAGCAGCAAGCAAUCCAGUUUGACGCCAUGGGCCAAGUGGAGGCACCUGUCGGUCGUGGCGGCCAAGCGUACUGGGCGCUGAAGACAGAGAAAACUGCCGCGGCCCAAAGUGUGGUGAAUGCUCACCCGGGCCUGCAGGUGGAUGACGUGGUGUUGAAGCCGGUCACGGUGACGCAUGUGGGGGUUGUGAAGCUGGUGCAGACGGGCUAUCUGUACUGUGUGGACGCCAACCAAUGGCGCCUGUACGCGCCUUUGCGCACACCGGCGCCGCGUGACCACGAUGACAAUGUCUACUACGAGAUCCACCCGAGUGCGCAGCUGGAGUGUCGCACGGUACCGAUCCACGAACCGGUUUUGGUUCUUAUGCACUCGAUUCGCGUCGAGGAACGUGACAUGGAGUUUGCGCUGGUGCCUACUGAGUCUGGUGGCGAUGUCCCCGACGGUGCCGGCGCAGAUCAUCCGCCGUUGCUGGGCGGUGAGCUGACUGGCUAUGGCGGCGCGGCGCUGCGUCUGUAUAUGGGCAUGACUCCGGAGCAACAUGAGCAGUUCGAGAUCAUGGGACAAGUGGAAGCGCCCAAAGUGCGAUGUGGCCGCUACUGGCCUUUGAAGACAUCGGGAGGUGCGGCGGCAGCAAGUGUGGUGGAUGCGCAUCCUGAGCUCAUGGCUCGUGAUGUGGUGGUGAUUCCAGUAACAGUGACCCACCUUGGCUUGGUGCGGCUGUUGCAGAGUGGGCAUCUGUAUUGUGCGGAUGCGACACAGUGGCGUCUCUUUGGGGCCCUGCGCACGCCGAGCCCGCGAAACGAAGGUGGGCAUGUGUACUACGAGGUGCAUCCAAGUAGGUGGCGCUGUCCCCGGUGA